UUUUCUCCCUUAAUGAUAAUGUGAUGUUAUAUUGUUAUUAUGGUUUACCAAUUAACCAAAUUGAUUAAACUUUAGUUUGGUUAAUUUGAUUGUUAUAUUAGUUUGGAUGGUUUGGUUAUGGUAUUGUAUUCCAUGAUUAAUAAAAUUUGGACUUAUUUGGUUAGGUAAUUACCAUGGUAACAAUUUGAACACCCAUAGUUAGGAGACAAAGAUUCGAGCUAAAAUGGAUCAGCCCAAUAUCACAAAUUAUCCCACGAUCCGGCCCUAUCAUUAUCAUUCCUAGUGAUAAUUGUAUUAGUUAUUAAUUUACGGCGGUUUGCAGAAUAUGAGUCUAAAUCUACAUAUUGUUAACAAUUUAGAGAUUAUAACUCUUCGAAUUAUUGAAAAUAUAUUUUAAAAUGUUUAUUAUUUGAUAACUGUGAUUGUUAUGAAAGUAAAUAUUCUAAUUUUAUAUUAAAUAACAUGUUUAUUCUUAAUUUUAAUAAAUUUGAGUGCUUCGAAAAAUAUUGAAUUUUUUUAUAAAUAUAUUUAAUGGGAUAAAUAAAAAAAGGAAGAGAUAAAUUAGGACGAAAAAAUAAUUUAAUGAUCAAUAUAUAAACUCAAGGUUUAUUCUCCUCAUUUAUUCUAUCUCAAUCUUCUUAAGUUAUAUUACUAGUAGAGAUUUCUAGUUUACAAAAACAACAUAAGCUAACGCAUGAGUAAAUAUCUUGCCAACACAAAUAAGUUAGGAAGACACAAAUCUCAUAGAUAUCAUGCAAGAUCGAAGGGCAAACUUGUUUCUUGUCUUGAUGAUCUAACAAUUACCAUAGGAGCAAUUUUUCGCAACCCACAAUAAACCUCGAGAUCAAUAUAUUAAAUCAUUAAGAAAAACAUGUUUAGAACACUCUAAGUUCAACUCCAUAACAACACUAACACGCCCCCUCAAACGAAAGUCACUCACAAGGGCUUGAAAUUUGCACAGGUCUGAAGACAAGAAUAUCAUGUGCUUAACAAAUGGGGUCACCGGGAAUCGAACACAAGACCUCUUGGUCACAUAAGGCUCUGAUACCAUGUCAAGAACCAGUUGAUCCCAAUAACUCGAAUUGUUGGGAGAGGUUCAAUCGUGAAUCAUAUACCACAACACUAACAUAGAACACUCAGCAACGAGCGUGGUCGUCGCCAUCCCCCUUCUUGUUUGUUAUUGAGCUAAACUAAUUUUAGAAGUAAUAAGUUGAUUCUAGGGGUUAAUUGCAUCGGUGACACUUAAUUCUUGCAAUUGUUGCAUUUCAACCACUUAGGGGUGUUUGGAUUAAGGUUUCUAAUUUGAGUGAUUUGUGAGAGAUUUGACCUCAAAUUUCUCAACUAAAAAACCGGAUAUUUGUGAUUAAGGAUUUCUAUCAAAUUUCUUGUUUGUCUAGAAAUCAAGGUUUUUAAUGAAAAAUUAAAAUACAAUAUUGUCAUGUUCAUCUUCUUCUUCGUUUCUUCCUCGGCUACUCUAGGAACGCUGAACCCAGAUGCCUAGCGUUCUGUUUCCAGAAUUAGCCUUCUUUGACUAAGAUGACGAGGACAACCGAUGCAGAAAUCACAGGAACGAAGAAUUCUAUGGGAGCUGGAAGCCAUUGACGGGCAGAUUGGAAAGACGAAUGACAUUCCGUUUCCAGAUUGGAUCAAGCUUGUGACGGCGGUGGGAGAGCAAUACAGUUCUAGUCUGAAAUUUGCCACCACAAGCCAGGUAGGAAGGUCACCACGAGCAAUACAGUUCCCGUCCUGUCAGAGCGCUCCAAUUUCCGGCUCCAACUCACGAAACCAUAUUCGCCAGAAGAAAAAGAGGAAGGUCGAAGGAUGUUGUUGGACGCCAUUCCCAGAUACCUCAAGAGAAGCCCGACGCUGACAAGAGAGAGUUGAGGAAGAGCAAGUUUUGCCGGCGAACUGAACUCUCCAGAGAACGAUGUGUGAAGUUUACUGGGUAGUGGAAGGAGAAGGAGGAAGAGCCAAAUUGGAACAAAAAAAGAUGAGGGAUUUCAAAAAUAGCUAACCCCAUCAGCUAUUUUGAAAUUCCACAUAUAUGGGUUUUUUAAAUCUUUAAUGGCCAUAAUCCCAGUUCUAUCCAAACGUGUUAUUUGAUUCAAAUCUCUCAUUAUGUGGAAUUGUUUUAAAAUCCUACAUCACCAUUCUGCCACAAUCUCCCAUCCAAAUGACCCCUUAAAGUAAUUUUGUUGCAACUAAAGGCUGUAAGUCGUAUUACAAGUGCAUCGUCACUACUUGCGUCCUCCGACAUAACGGUAGGUAUCUAAAUGAUUAUUUGCCAUGCCACGUAGGCAGUACAUGUUAGCAAAUCUAAUGAGUCAUCAAAACCUGGGCCCACGACUUGGCCACUUCUCCUACUCUUUAUCUUCUUGGAAACUAACCCAAAAAUCUCAUUCUCUCUUCGUCCUCAAAAACUUUGAAACCCUUCCUAGUUCCUACCCAUUCUCUCUUCUUCCAUGAAACAAUUGCAAUAAAGCGAUCUCCUUUCGUUCUCUCUAUUUUUUCUUUUUUCUAGAGUACGUCUUGACUGAAGCUCAUGAUCAUGCUGACAACUCCUGUCAAUUUGUCGCCAUGGGCAGUGGGACAUGAGGAGUCGAGGAUCUCCCAUCGCAGCCCAAUCGAAGGUGUUUGAAAUCUUUGCAUUUUCUUUCACCAUUGAAACGUAGAAGAGAGAAUGACUCGAAGGACGAAGUGCUCUCAUCGUAGACCAUGACGUCGGAGUAGCCGUUGUAGGUGAUGGUCCCAUCGGAGCUGAGGCCGAAACAAGUGAGGGUGUAUUUGGGGAAGUAGUUUUCGAGGUCGUUGAUGCAGUUGUCGCAGGACGAUGCAAUCGACGUCGACUCGAUCGCCCGGGUUGGAUCUUGUAACUUGGCUUCUGACUUCGGUGACCUGGUCGAUGAUUUCGUGGCCGAGUAGUACUAGUGGGUACGUGGAGGUACUGACUCACUCCUACUACUGUGACCCUAGAAAAUGGCCAAGUGCAACCACUUCCUAAAGCGUAGUAUAGCGGGUUUGGGUUUAAAUGUCAACCCGGGUCCUAGAUUUGAUGACUACUCAGUGAAUUCUUGUUAUCUAGCAAUAAAACUUUAGUGCAGGUCUAAACUAACAAACAAACAAAGCAACUAAACGGUUGUUUUCAGGUUAAGAGAGGUCACCCGGAUAUGGUUCCCCCUAGACUGCAGUUAAGUCGGAUUGCAAUUACGAAGUUCAGUUUCUAUGAUAGUUAUACUGCGGAAGGUUCUUAAGCAGUCUGAAGUCUCGACUAAAGGUCUCCAGACCCUCUCAAUCUGAGUCUCUAGCGGGCGACUAACCUCCACCAGAGUAAACAGAUUGAGGCCCUACGAACAAAACCUCUACUACCUAAGUGAAUUCGGUACAGAAUAGUGAGUUGGCUCCUCGACUAAAGUCACCAACUCCCUACCUUCAAUCAAGGAUGCUCUAUCAACCUAGGCAGAUAUUCUCAUUCUAGGUUAAAGCAGAAACAACAUGAAUUUGAUCAGGAUUCAAGUCAUUCAAUCAUUCAAGCCUCAAUCGAAUAUAAACAACUCAUAGAA